AUGGAAAUUGAAUUAUUAAGUGAUGAUCAUUCAGCAAAUGACAGAAAAAUACAUGAAAGAAAAGAUACAUAUAAAUCGGUGGCUUUGAUCACUAUUGGUGUUAUUACAUUUUGUUAUGUUAUUGUAGAGUUGGCAGCUGCACUUUAUGUUGGAUCUUUGACGUUGUUGUCCGAUGGUUUUCACAAUUUGACUGAUGUAGCAUCACUUUAUAUUGCUUGGUGGGCACAGAGAGCCGCUAAAAGAGAAUCUGACGAUAGUAUGUCCUAUGGUUGGGCACGUGCCGAAGUACUCGGUGGUCUUACCAAUGGUUGUUUCUUGAUUUCAAUGGGUUUGUACGUUGCUCUCGAAGCGGUGCCACGUAUCAUCAGACCGGAGCCAAUGGAUGAAGGUCUCAUCUUUAUGGCUGUUGCCGGUGCUGGUUUGGCUAUCAAUACCAUUGGAACUAUUGUUUUUGCUGUCACCGGACAGUCACAUGCUCAUUCGCAUGGUGGUGGCGGUGGUGGUCAUUCACAUGGUGGUAGUAGCAGCGCAAAGAAGGAGAAGGAUCAUGGACAUUCUCAUGGUGGUGAGAAGAAGGAGAAAGAUCAUGGUCAUUCUCAUGGUGGUGAAAAGAAGGAGAAGGCUCAUGGUCAUUCUCACGGUGAAAAGAAGGAUAAAGAGCAUGGACAUUCACAUGGUGAGAAGAAGGAUAAGGAGCAUGGACAUUCACAUGGUGGUGAGAAGAAGGAGAAGGCUCAUGGACAUUCACAUGGUGGUGCUGAUCAUCAUGAUGAAGACGAUCAUCACGGACACGGUCACUCUCACGGUGGUGAAAAGAAGGAGAAGGCUCAUGGACAUUCACACGGUAGCAGCAGCGACGACAAGGGAUCGAUCAAGCACGAGACAUUCGGAUUCGAAGAUCCGGAGAAGCAAAAGAAGAAAAAGAAAAAGAAGAGCGGUGGACAUGGACACGGUCACGGUACUUGCUUGGGAAUGGAUUUGAAUAUGUUUGGUGUGUUUAUUCAUUUUUUGGGUGAUGCCGUUGCAUCGUUGUUUGUUUUGGUGACCGGUGCCAUCUUGCGUUACUCUCACGGCAAAUGGACAAUGUAUAUCGAUCCAGUCAGCAGUAUUAUUAUUGUCAGUCUCACAUUGGCCAGUGCCAUUCCAUUGGUGAAGAGAGCAUCGUUGAUUCUCUUGCAACAAGUGCCAUCCGGUAUCGAUAUGGAUCGUAUUCGUAGCAAGAUCAGAAGAGUCGAGGGUGUCCUCUCGUUGCACGAUCUCCACGUUUGGCAGUUGGUCGACGGAAUGGUUGUCGCUUCAGUACACGUCGGUGUGGAGGAGGGACUUGAUUUCUCAUUGGUCGUCGGAGCCAUCAAAAAGAUCUUCCAUCACCAAGGAAUUCACUCGACUUCGAUCCAACCAGAGUUCAUUCACCGUAAUCUCCAAGACGAUGGAUUCUGCAUUCAAAACUGUGUCAAGGAUUGCGAUGAAGAUUGGUGUUGUAAGAAAUCAAAAGAAAGACUCGUCGAGAGAAACAGAUUAUAUAGUGCCGACAUUGAAAUUGUUUAA